UUUCGGUUCUGUUGAGUUGAAGAAACGUCUUCAGUUUUUCAUUUUCGGCUUUACGUUUGAUUUUAUUUUUGUUUCGUUUAUUUCAUUUUAAUUCUGAGUUUUUAUUAAUUUUCCAAAAGAAAACGUUACAAAUUUUAUUUGGUUCAAUUUUCGUUAUCUAAAAAUAGUUUUUUGUAACAAAUUGUGAUCGAUUUUCCUUUAGAAAAAAUAAAAAGAAAAAUCAAACAAACUUUUCCAAAUUGCUUCUGUUAAAAGUAAAACAGAAAACAAUUCUUUUACAAGAAGUAUCAACAGUUGCUUUAAAGGGUCUUCAAAUCUGGGAAAGCUCAUUUUAUUUUAAAACUUUUUUAUAUAUAAAUAUUUAUAUAAAGAAAAAUAGAAAUAUAACACGAAAGUAAACAGACAGUAUUAUAUAUGAAUUAUUUUUUUAAUUAAGUGUUUUAAAAUCACAAAAGUAAAUUAUUAUUUUCGUUUAUAGAAGUUAAAGACAAUCGACUAUUUUUUAGUAAAUUGUGUUCUUUUACCCUUAAACAGCCGUUAGUUUGUUUUGAAUUAGUUUGACACUUUAAAUCAAUUUCAAAAUAUUUGUUUUUACAAUUUCUCUUAAUUUAACAACAAUUAAUUUCUAAAUGAUGACUACCAGCUCAUCCACGGGCAACACUAUGGUUGAGGGUCAACAACAACAAAAUGGAGGAGCUGCUACCGCUCAAAAUACACAAAAUAACAAUAAUCCCAAUGCGAACAACAACAAUAAUAAUGAUGACCCGAAAACCAAUUUAAUUGUGAACUACUUGCCACAAACCAUGUCUCAAGAGGACAUUCGUGCUCUCUUUGUUACCUUUGGCGAAGUAGAAUCUUGUAAAUUAAUUAGGGACAAAGUAACAGGCCAAAGUCUUGGUUAUGGAUUUGUCAACUAUGUGAAACAGGAGGAUGCUGAAAAGGCCAUCAGCUCUCUAAACGGAUUGCGUUUGCAAAAUAAGACGAUUAAGGUCUCUAUAGCCCGUCCUAGUUCUGAAUCAAUAAAAGGUGCUAAUUUAUAUGUAUCUGGUCUUCCCAAAAACAUGACACAACCAGAUUUAGAGCAAUUAUUUAGUCCAUAUGGAAAAAUAAUUACCUCAAGAAUAUUAUGUGACAAUAUAACGGCCGGACCUAUUGAUCAGGGUCUUUCAAAGGGCGUUGGUUUUAUACGUUUUGACCAACGACAUGAAGCAGAUCAAGCUAUUAAAGCUUUAAACGGUACUAUACCAAAAAAUGCCACCGAACCUAUUGUGGUCAAGUUUGCUAAUAAUCCAAGUAACAAUAAAGCCUUUCAACCACUUACGGCUUAUUUGGCGCCACAAAAUCCCAGAACUCGUGGAUUUCCAACGGGUGCAGCAGGAGCGGCUGCAGCUGCCGCAGCAGCAGCUAUACACCCAACAGCGGCCGGAAGAUAUAGUUCUGUCAUUUCCCGAUAUUCGCCGUUAACUGGAGAUAUUUUGGCAAAUACCAUGUUGCCAGGUAAUCCUAUCAAUGGCUCUGGUUGGUGUAUUUUCGUCUAUAAUUUGGCACAAGAAACCGAAGAAAAUGUUUUAUGGCAAUUGUUCGGACCUUUCGGAGCAGUACAAUCCGUUAAGGUCAUACGUGAUUUGCAAACAAACAAAUGUAAGGGUUUCGGUUUUGUCACCAUGACCAAUUAUGAGGAAGCUGUUCUAGCCAUACAAUCAUUGAAUGGUUAUACAUUGGGUAAUCGUGUAUUACAAGUUAGUUUUAAGACAAAUAAAACUAAACAAACGUAAUUAUUAACAAAAUUGACUGCUGUUGUUACCCACACCACCACCACAUUGGCAUCAACAUUUAAUAAAACUCUAAAUAAUAAAAUAAAUUUGACAAAUUCCUCAUCCACUAACCUGACCACCGCAAAAAGUAAUGAUUUGAAAACAGCCUCUACAACCACCACAACGACUUUAGCAAAUUCUUGUUUGACAAACACAUCGUCAACGACCACAACUACUUCUACUACCACUCAAUCAAAUACGACAUCCAACACGACCUCCACGGCAAUUAUAAGCUCGAAAUAUUCCUUAAUUAAUAAUCACAAUAGUAACAGUAACAAUAACAACAACAGCAAUCAAUAUCAGCAGCUACAACAACAGAGUAAGAAAACCAAAACUACAACAACUAUUAUACAACAAUCACAACAAAGACAACAACAAGAACAGCAACAAUCAUUGAUACAACGUUCAAAUAAUUUAAUUAAUUCCUCACUUUCCUCCAACGCAAAUAAUUUCACUUCUAAUCCGCAUUCUUCCACAAUGAUUAAAACGGCGUCUAAAUUUGUCUACAACAAACCCCAAAAUCAUUAUGAAUUGCUUCAACAACGUUUGCACAUGCAACAAGAAUUUGCUCAACUUUUAACAAGUUUGGCCCAACAGCACCAACAACCCUUUUCGGCAGCGUCGGCAUCUUCACAAGCCGCCGCAGCAGCCGCUUUCAACAACCCUUCGUUGGGUGCGUCCACUUCAGCAGCCGCUGCUGCGGCUGCGGCAGCGGCCACUACAAAUGCAGCUAAAAAUUCUUUAUCAUCGUUUUUACCAUUUUCAAAUUGGUUUUUCUAAUUUUUGUUUUUAUACAUACUAUAUGUAUGACUAUAGUACCUAUAUACAUACAUAUGUAUGUAUAUAUUGUAAGUAAGGGUCUACAAUCUCAUGUAAUUAUAAAUUAGACAAUGUUUUCGAGCACCCCACAAACACAUUAUCAAAUUGACUCUUUAAAUUCAAUUACUUAGUACAAUUCAACAUCCUUGGUGGUAGAAUUCAUAUUCUAGAUUUAAAUUAAGGAAUUGAAAUAGGACCGAUUUCAAGUUCCAUUGUGCUCGAGCAGACCCUUUUAAAAAACUUAUGAAGUUAAA